AAAAAAUUCAUCCGGCCGUGUCGGUGUGUUUAGUUUUCCCGUGAGAAGAGCUGGGAGUGGGCAUGGACACCGUCGCCUCCCUGUCGCCUCUGCGCCACGGCCACCCAUCUUCUUCGUCGCCGGCGUCAUGCAAUACCAGUCGCCCUAGUCCGUGGCUGCUCAAGCUCAAGCAGAGGAGCUUGAUCAGUAGCAGUAACUCACUACCAGCCCGGCCAAGGGCAUGGCCGCCUCGUGCUUCUGCUUCCGCUUCUAGUGCCGCGACGCCGCCGCCGCCGCAGCAGCAGCAGAAAGAGAAAGACCUCGUCUUCGUGGCCGGCGCCACCGGAAGAGUUGGCUCCCGAGCCGUAAGGGAGCUCAUCAAGCUUGGCUUCCGUGUCCGCGCUGCCGUCAGGAACGCGGAGAGGGCGUCGUCCCUGGUGCAGAGCGUCCAGCAGCUGAAACUAGACGGCAACGCAGCAGCUGCGAUUUCGCCCUCGGAGAAGCUUGAGAUCGUGGAGUGUGAUCUGGAGAAGCAGCCGCAGGACGGCAUCGUUGAGGCCAUCGGCAAUGCUUCACUGGUGGUGUGCUCCAUUGGUGCCAGCGAGAAGGAGAUCUUGGAUGUCACGGGGCCGUACCGCAUCGACUACAUGGCCACCACCAAGCUUGUACAAGCAGCCACUGCUGCACAGGUCGAGCACUUCGUCCUGGUUACAUCCCUGGGCACCAACAGGAUCGGCUUCCCUGCGUUCCUCCUCAACUUGUUCUGGGGCGUUCUGCUCUGGAAGAGACGAGCUGAAGAAGCACUCAUCGCCAGUGGCAUCCCAUACACGAUCAUAAGGCCCGGAGGAAUGGAGAGGCCGACAGACACUUUUAAGGAGACACACAACCUGGUGGUGGCAAUGGAGGACACCUACGUGGGUGGCCUCGUCUCCAACCUCCAGGUGGCGGAGCUCAUCGGAUGCAUGGCCAACAAUAGGAGGGCGGCCUACUGCAAGGUGGUGGAGGUGAUCGCCGAGACAACCGCGCCGCUGCUGCCAAUGGAGCAGCUCCUCGCCGCCAUCCCUUCCAAGAGGGAACCCCCCGCCGAGGACGAAACGGAGAAGGUGAAGUCAAUAGCCAAUGGGUGAGCCAAAGCCAGACCCUCCAGCAGAGAGCCGGCGAAAGCAGAGCGACCACUCUCACCGUACACAUCGUACAAGGACCUGAAGGCUCCAAGCUCAUCAACCCUAUCGGCGCCCAAGAUAUAGAUAUAAAUUUUUUUUGUUCAUUCUUAUAUGUUUUUCUACUUGGUACUCCAUCCGUUCCAAAUUAUAAGUUUUUUUUCGAAUCACACAGCACAGACGUAGACACUCA